AGGCAGGGGCAGGGAUGAGGUCCGGGUUCAGGACCUGAGGGUUCAUACCCAAGAGUCACACAGCGGGGUGGCAGGGGGUUGCUCCGCUCUUUGUCCUCCGGGAGGUUAAUUAAAGAGGUGGGUACAGGAGGCUGGGCAGACUGACCUCUCCAACUGCCCGAUUGCCUGGCAACACGCGGUGGGCAGAAGAGUCCUGCCUGCCGACCAUGGAGCACCGUGUGAAAGUGAAGUCCUGGGUAGAAGAGAAUCGGGCCUCCUUCCAGCCCCCGGUUUGCAACAAGCUUAUGCACCAGGAGCAGCUCAAAAUCAUGUUCGUGGGAGGCCCCAACACCAGGAAGGAUUAUCACAUCGAGGAGGGUGAGGAGGUGUUUUACCAGCUGGAGGGAGACAUGGUUCUCAAAGUCCUGGAGCAAGGAAAACACCGGGAUGUGGUCAUUCGGCAGGGAGAGAUAUUCCUCCUGCCUGCCAGGGUGCCCCACUCCCCUCAGAGGUUUGCUAACACCAUGGGGCUGGUGGUUGAGAGGAGGCGGCUGGAGAGCGAGCUGGAUGGGCUGAGGUACUAUGUAGGGGACACUGCAAAUGUCCUCUUUGAGAAAUGGUUCUACUGCAAGGACCUUGGAACACAGUUGGCCCCCAUCAUCCAAGAGUUCUUCCACUCUGAGCAGUACCGAACAGGAAAGCCUGACCCUGACCAGCUGCUCAAGGAGCCGCCAUUCCCGCUGAGUACACGAUCCGUCAUGGAGCCUAUGUCGCUGAAGGCAUGGCUGAGUGGUCACUCCAGGGAGCUUCAGGCAGGCACAUCCCUCAGCCUGUUUGGGAACACUUAUGAGACCCAGGUCAUUGCCCAUGGACAAGGUAGCAGCAAAGGCCCAAGACAGGAUGUGGACGUGUGGCUGUGGCAGCUGGCAAGUGGGAUCCCAGGACAGGGUGGCACAACUUCCUGUCCAUGGAGAUUGGAUUGUUCCUGGGCCUCAGGUUCCCAUAGAGGGUUCCUCUACAGUGACAAUGGGAGGACAGUGUGUUGGCCUGGCCCCAGACGACAGCCUGCUGGUGCCCGCUGGGACCUCGUACACGUGGGAGCGAGCACAAGGCUCUGUGGCCUUGUCUGUGACACAGGACCCUGCCUGUAAGAAGCCACUGAGGUGACCUUCAUGUGUGGGCCCCAAGCAGUCAUAGGGUGCCUGAGAGCUGUCCUGGAAGCUGCCAUUUCUAAAUAGCUCUGCUAGGAUCAUUGCAUCUUCAUGGACAUGAAGCACCUUAACCGGCCCCUUGCUUGGUUGUGGCUUUUCCCUAUCAUCCACUCUCCUGCCGUCCUCAGCCCAGGAUGCCAGACUCCCAGGGCACCAGCAGCUCCCCUCUCUUCUAACAGCCAUAGACCCACACUGUUCAGCUAGAUACGUAUUGUCCCCAUGAGCCCACCAUCCUGCCCCCGAGGAAUCUCUCAAUAAAGGCCCCUGGUGAACGAGGGCUCGUGAGUUA